UCAGUUUACUUUUAUUUUACUUAUUUUUCAUCACCCUUCUGUUUUCUAGUAGAAGGGGACUCUAGUAGUUCAGAGUUCGGGGUAAGCUGUGACACUAAGUGAUUUUAGUCCCCUCCUAAAUGCAGUGGAGAGGGAUCGAACCGUAAUACUCCCUACUAAGUACAGCGUCAAUCACCACCGAACCAUUUAACAUUUGAUUUUAUUUUUCUUUUAUUUCAUUUUUACUAUUUUAUUACUAUUACUAUUAUUAGCACGCGUCCUUUAUUUUUCUCUUUCCUAAAUAUCAUGUAAAUAUAACCCCCACUCUUUCAUUUUCCAUUUUCACUCACACAACUCUUGUGUUUUUAUUUUCAGUUAUUUCUUAUAACAAUAAAAAUUUCGGAGAAUUUGAAAAAAAAUAAAAAAUUCAUUUGAGAAAUUUUGAGUUUAUCAGUUUGUUAUGGCUGCCGCCGGCGAGAUUUUCCGGUCGAAUUUGACUGAAUUGUUGGAGGAAUCACAUUCAGGUGAUAAUGAAUUACACGUGCUUGCUGUUGAUGAUAGUCUUGUUGAUCGUAAAGUCAUUGAACGUUUGUUGAAGAUUUCUUCAUGCAAAGUUACGGUUGUGGAGAGUGCAAGAAGAGCUCUUCAGUUUUUGGGAUUGGAUGGAGAUGGAGAGAAUAGUGAUAUUGGAUUUGAUGGUGUGAAGGUUAAUUUGAUAAUGACCGAUUAUUCGAUGCCUGGGAUGACAGGAUAUGAACUAUUGAAGAAAAUCAAGGAGUCUUCUGUUUUUAGGGAGAUUCCAGUGGUGAUCAUGUCGUCGGAGAAUGUUUUGACUCGAAUUGAUAGGUGCCUCGAGGAAGGAGCUGAGGAUUUUCUAUUGAAGCCAGUCAAGUUGUCAGAUGUAAGGCGCUUGAAAGAAUUUAUCAUGAGAGGCGAAGUGAAGGAUGGUGAGAAAAAUUCUCUCAAACGAAGGCGAUCAUCAGAUGAUUGCAGUCCAUCUCUAUCAACGACAUUCUCACCAAUGCGUCAUUUGUGCGAUCCACCAUCAUCAUUGUUCUCACCACUCUCACCAUCUACAUUAUCCUCUAAGAAAUCUAGACUGUGAUAAGAGAUUGAUUAGUCUCCCAUAUGUCUCCAUUUUUGCAAUACUAAUGUCCAUAUUUUGAAUUUGUUAACCAGUUUAUACAGUUUGUACUCAGGAUUUUGAAUGACAAAGGGCAAUAUAUACCAGAAUCACUAUUUUUUGGUCUC